AUGGAGAGGCUGGGAUUGGGUACAAUGAUAGGCAAAGCGACGGUAGCAGGGACAUUGAUGUGCACGGGUGGGGCCAUGCUGCUCAUGUUCUACAAAGGGGCAGAGGUCAACAUCUGGUCAACCAAUGUUCACCUUUUUCACAAGGGUGGACACGUGGCGUCACCACACCCACAUGAUCGUAAUGACAUGGUGGGAAUUUUAUUGAUUUUGUCCUGUUGCAUCUCUACUGCAACAGGAUUGAUUGUUCAGGCUAAGAUGAUACAGGACUAUCCUUGUGUGUACUCCAGCACUGGGCUAACGACGACGAUGGCAACAAUCCAAGCCAUUGGAUAUGCACUUUGCAUAGAUAGAGAUUGGAGUAAGUGGAAACUUGGAUGGAAUCUAAGACUACUUACGGUCUCUUACGCGGGGGCUCUGGCUUGUGGAGUAACGUUUACCCUCAUUGCUUGGUGUGUACAAAUAAAGGGUCCACUAUUUGUAUCAGUUUUUAGCCCCGUGCUGCUUGUUUUUGUGGCAAUAGCUGGCUCAUUGCUAUUGGACGAGAAGCUACACUUGGGAAGCGUGCUAGGAGCUGUGGUGAUAGUGUGUGGAUUAUAUAUGGUUUUGUGGGGGAAAAGUAGAGAGUUGAAGAGAAUCCCACAACUGAUGCCAUCAAAGAGCUCCGAAGAAUCGGAACAUGUCGAUGUCAUAGUCACUUCUUCGACAGAAAACAACAAUGGAAGAAGUGACAACAUCGUAGCGGUGGACGAAGAAGAAGAAGAGAUAAGUUCGGAGGUUAGUUCACACGAGAUAGUAGAAAUUUGA